GCGAAGGAUCGAAUCUUACGACAGUUGCGUGCGCGUUUUUUUACGCUUUAUCGUAUUCGUACAAAUUUCUUUGCCCAUUCACACGAGUUGCAAAUUUAACAAUUGCGGAUUUAUCUCUUUGUGGAUCAUUCCCUCGAUUCGAUCGCGUCGCGCGAAUUUUGAUGUUUAAAUUACAUUAGCAUAAUCAAAAACUUUACGCGCAUUGUUCAGUGUUUCUUUUUAUCGCCGUUCUAUUUUAUUAAAUAUAAAAUACCUUUCUUUCAUGCCGUGAUAUCAAUGUCGCGCGAUGUUGUUGCGAGGUAUUGCAUUCGCGGAAGCGCGCCGCAAUUCAGCGCGGCGCGUCUUCAAGAACCGCGACAAGACUCAAGGAUGCGAGAGGGACGCAUUGGAUCUUUCCCACGAUGGAUCUCUGGCCCGACACGUGCGCAUGAAGAUGAUGGCUUAUCAGCCCAUGGAGGUGCCGCUAUCCUCCAUUUUUUCAAAUUCUUUUGAAAGCGAGGCGAUAUCGCUCUUCGCUACAGCGUCCAAGCUGGCCACCGUGGAAGAUGAGGGUCCAAAGCGGCCCGAAGGCCCCAUCCGACCAUCCGCCGCCUCCCUGAAGGUUUCACCCACGGCAAGGGCAAUUCUCCAGGCAUCAAGGUCAUCGAAGAAGCUAGUUACUCCCGUUAGUACACGCGACGCUGAGACUAUCACGGAUGUAUGCAGCGGCGAGGAAUUGCCAGAAGUCGAGAUAAUCAGCCUGCUAGAAGAACAAAUACCGAGAUAUCGUCUCCGGGCCGACACCUUAACGCAAUUCCAAGGAUACGAGAACGCCGAUUGGUUUAUCCCAGCGCCUGCCCUCAAAUCAGAGGACGUCGAUUUGAAAUUAUCGCCGGAUCAGAUCCGGGAGACUCUUAACUACUUUAUCUUAUGUAGCAACCGAGUGAGCCAAAUGACAAAGACCUAUAAUGAUAUAGAAGCAGUUACAAGGCUUCUAGAGGAGAAAGAAAAAGACUUGGAGCUUACAGCGCGCAUCGGCAAAGAAUUGCUGGCACACAAUCAAAAGCUCGAAACCACAGUAAACGCAUUAGAAAAUGAACUUAAGGAAGCGAAUGAGAAAAUUACUCAAUUGAAUCAUGAAGUAUUGAAAAAGACCGAGCUGAUACAGGUACUGACGAACGAUGUGGACGAAUCUAGCUCAGAGGCUGGAACUCCCACCGGCCUACGCGGCAUUAAUUUGGAGAUGUUACAAAGAAAGGUUUCCUGUUUGGAAGACGAAAAUAAGCAGCUUCGCAGCGAGUUCGCGAAAUUAGUUUGUGAUGCCGACAAUUCCGAAGAACAGGAGGCACGCCUUGUAAAAGAUAUCGCAGCGCAAUUAGCAAACGCUAAUAUGGAGGUGGAUGGUAUAGCGGAAGAGCUUGGGCGGCAAAAAGAUGAGAAUCGAUUGCAGCAUGAGCAAAUAAUUAGUCUUACUGCAAAAUUAGCUGAGACAGAGCUUAGGCUCGCUCAACUGAUGGCGGAGCACGACGAAGUGGGAGCAACUCUAGUCAUCACUAGGGAUAAUCAAAAUACACUUGCCGCUGAAUUAGCCGAAUUCAAAGAACGAUAUGCGGAGGUGGUGAACUUGUUAGCCGAAACACAAGAACAAUUGCGAAAACAGAGAAAACGCGGAAUGCCGACUGUGCGCGGUGGAUCGCUAUUCCCGUCGAUGGGUGCAGCACCUCAACCGGAUUCUAUCGCUUCUGAAUUGGAAUCGUCCCUUUACUCGGAAUUAAGCAUUGACUCUGGAAUUGGAGCAGGUGAUAGAAUUCCAACCUACAAGAAAGUAUUUGAGACUGUUCGUACAGCAUCUCGAGCAACACAUGCGGGAAUGGAUCCCAACCAGUUUCCUAGGUUAAAUUCUAUGACGACAUCGACAUUAUCUAGCAGUUCUAUUGGUCCGCGAAUGAGUUGUGGGCAAGUGCGACCGCAAGCAUCUACAUUUCCCAGUUUGGAUUCUACCGGUGAGAGCGAAGGAUCCUUGCUCAUCGAAUCUGAAGAUUACCCAGGACCACAACGAACGGGUGUACCUGGUGCUCCUGGUGCUGCUGAUCUAGAAGCCGCUAUACGUCGUCUAACUCCUGCGGAAGUAUUAGCAAGGCGUGCAUGUCUCAGUACAGGUGCUGGUUACAGUUACGAUUACGACGGUGGCAUAUUACAUUCCCCACCAAUCUUCUUGCCUUUUGAUUGUCGCACUCCGGACAGCAUUAUGUCGACUGGCAGUAGCGGCAACCUAAGCGGUUACAGCGGCAACAGUGGCAACGCUUGGCGUAUUCCGCAGAAGUUACAGAUAGUCAAACCAAUGGAGGGUUCCCAGACGUUGCAUCAUUGGUCACGACUGGCGACGCCAACAUUAGGUGGAUUGCUGGAAGACAGACCAGGCGUUAAGACUAGAGGUGGUCGUGCUCUCGAAGAUCUCGGUCUCAUAACGUUUACGUUAAGCGAUUUGGAGGAAGAUGAGGAAUACACUAAUCCUGGUAAACCGUUCCAAGACACUGGCUCCAUUUACACCUUUACUAAUAGUACCGUUAUGCAUCCGGAUGAUCAUACUACCAGCGUAACACCGAGCAUCGUUAGUAGUCGCGUCGCUUCGGCACCCAAUAGUGGUAUGAACUCUGGUAUGAGCACCCCUCGUACGCACAGCCGUCGCAAUUCAACAUCAACGUUUUCCACUACGCUUGGAUUGGCUAAAAUGUUGAACGAAAGAGGAAUCAAAGCUGUCACGCCCUCGUGUAUAGGCACGCCUACUGACGAUCGGAAUUUCUCACCGACUGCUACACCGUGCAACAGUCCAGAUGCGAGUCUGUCACCGACAAGGUCAUCAUCACCAGUACCGGAGAGCGCUGCCUCGUUGACAUUGGGACUGCUCAGCACCGGAGCGGAAUUACUGAGGCGUACUUUUAGUUAUGAGCCACCAGCGCCAGUGCAAGUUAAGAAGAAGAGACCAAAGUCGACAAUUUCACGCUCCGACAAAAAAGCUCUCACGGGUAUACGUCUGGUGGAGAAAUUGGAGAGAAUUGGUAUUGAUACAAUCAUAGCUACUACAGCCAGCUCGUCAAUUUCACCGUUAGCUUUACAAGGUGCUUUAUACACGCGUCGUUCGACUGGAAGUCCAAUGGCACAAUUGACUUUCCUCAAAACUUCGAUGUCCUCCAGUAUCAGCCAAGAGAAGUUAAUAUCUCCUUUGUCUUCAACAUCCUCCACUAGUGACGAAUUUCCGCCGAGCAAAUCGCCAUUAUUGCUCGGUAAACGAGAUGAUAGCAAGGAGCCUGAACCAAGCAUGUCUGGUUCCAAUGCAUUUAACUCGAGAGCAACGGGUCAGUCACCGGAUCGACAACGACGAUCGGGUACUAGAGCAACGAGGCCCGAUCUGGGUAGAGUUAAGCCACCAAUUCCGACGCCUGUAACUAAAGAAUCCAAACAGUCGGCAUUGGGAGCAAUAAGCUCGCUUCUUUUUGGUCGUAAAGGUGGCUUAUUGUGAAUAUUUUGUAAUGGGAUAGGAGACAAAUCAUUCAAUUCCAGCGAAUUAUUUUUUAACAUGUUCGCAGAAAAAGAGCUCAUUUUUUUAUUACCUGGAAAUUUCGAUUCACUUCGGUACGGCAUUACUUGAGUACACGAUAUGCUUUUGUCGCCAAUAUUAUUGAUUGUCUAGACUUGGAUGUAUUCGCUAAUGUAAUUCGUACAACAAUUUUUGAAUCUAAUGUGAUGAAUCACUGUAAAUAAUCAUGAAAAUAUUAACGUUAAUAAGAUAAAU